CCUCUCAUCGGGCUUCAUGAGUAGCCCAUCAUCCGCGACCCACAGUGAAACCCUAAUUGUAUAAAACCUAUACUCCUCAGCAACCAGCGAACCAAAGAAGAAGAAAAAGCAGCAGCAGCAGCAGCAGCUACUCCAGCCGACUACAGCCAUGUCAAAGAGAAAGGUCAGAGAGCCAAAGGAAGACAAUGUCACCCUCGGACCUGCUACUCGUGAGGGAGAGCUUGUUUUUGGUGUGGCGCAUAUUUUUGCAUCCUUCAAUGAUACUUUCAUUCAUGUGACUGAUCUCUCUGGAAGAGAAACCAUGGUUCGGAUUACUGGUGGGAUGAAGGUGAAGGCUGAUAGAGAUGAAUCAUCUCCGUAUGCGGCUAUGCUUGCAGCACAAGAUGUUUCAACCAGAUGCAAGGAGCUUGGCAUCAAUGCUCUUCACAUUAAGUUGCGGGCCACUGGAGGAAACAAGACCAAGACCCCUGGUCCAGGUGCUCAGUCUGCACUCAGAGCUCUUGCUCGUUCUGGGAUGAAAAUUGGUCGCAUUGAGGAUGUGACACCAAUUCCAACUGACAGCACCCGUCGAAAGAGCGGUAGAAGAGGAAGAAGGCUGUGAUCUGUUUGGUCUAGUAUAUUAUGUUUUUGCAGCGUGUUUGCAUUUUGGAUGAACGUUCUCGGUGUUAUGACAACUUUUGUAGGUUGUUUGAUUGACAAUUGAUGUUCUAUUUAUGCAAUUUUGGAUUUUGUUAAACAGAGUUUCUGCACUUAAAUGAUCUAUUCUACCUUGUUGCGAGUA